AUUGGCGAUUGAUUGAAUAAUUUAGAACCUACCAAUAUAUAGCUCAACGUGAUUUUUUUUUUUCGAGUUUACGAUACAACUACCCUCACAACUUUUCUGGACAACCGUAUUACAGUGUAAUAUGUCAAUUUCCUGCCUUAAUCAGUUGUUCCCUUGCAAAUGCUACUGCAUAUAUAAGUCAAUUUUCCUGUCUUAAUCUAUAGCUGCAAACAUUACUUGUUCCAAUACACCAAAAGACUUUAUUUUGAGAAAUUAUUUCUUUACUAGUGAUAUAUUUUUGCCAUGGUAUUCCCUGCUUUAUUGGCCCAAUUGAGCUAAAGAAAAAAACAAUCUCUGUUUUGCCACCCAUACAUUAUCACAUGUUACAUACCAGAAAAUGUGUCUUACAUACCCGAUACCCACACCUACCACUCUACCCUUCCUCAUUCAUCACUUUAAACCAUAUAUAGCUGAAAAAAGCUUGCAUAUUGGAAUCGCGUAGGCUAUUAUUUAAGUGUAAAUAUUUUUUUUUACUAUCAGGUCACCUAAAGAUAUCUAUAUAAGUAUGUCUCCUCAAAAUGUGGGAUGUAAAAUCUUGACAAUAAGAUGUAUUUACGUGUUACAACAAAUAAAUGUAACCUGAUAGUGAAAAAACUAUUUACACUAUCCGUCCGUAUACGUAACUUAAACUCUUUUGCUAAAGCUAUAAAACAAUGAAAUUAGGACUAGAAUGAUCACAAAGUCAAUAACUGUUUAGUGUAACUGAAAAAUGAGAAGCAAACAGAGUCCUCCUCUCUUCCUUUUCCUUUUCCCACUUUUCUUGAUCUUUGUUGCAUUAUCAUCUCAAGUUUCUUCUUUUACUACUGAUUUUCCAAUGCUAGAUAGACCAACUGAGCCUCUUUCAGAAGAAAGAGUGUUCCAACUCUUUCAAGAAUGGAAACAGAAGCAUGGGAAAGUUUACAAGAAAGAGAAAGAGGAAGAAGUGAAGUUGGAGAAUUUUAAAAGGAAUGUGAAGUAUAUAGUGGAAAAGAACUCCAAGAGGAAAUCAGAUUCAGACUAUUUGGUUGGUUUGACAAAAUUUGCUGAUAUGAGCAAUGAAGAGUUUAGACAAGUUCAUACUUCCAAGAUUACGAUGCCCUUUAACAAGAGAAAGACUAUUCAGAUGAAGAAAGUCGGAAAAAAACCAACUCCAUUUUCUUGUGAUGCUCCUCCUUCAAUGGACUGGAGGAAACAUGGAGCUGUCACUAAGGUCAAGGACCAAGGAGAAUGUGGAGCUUGUUGGGCAUUCUCGGCGUCUGGAGCAAUGGAGGGAAUAAAUGCAAUAGUUGCUGGUGAACUUAUUAGCCUUUCUGAACAAGAACUUAUUGAUUGUGAUACUUCACAUAAUAGUGGCUGUAAAGGUGGACUUAUGGACCCUGCUUUUGAAUGGGUGAUAAACAACAGCGGCAUUGAUUCAGCAGCUGAUUAUCCAUACACUGCCCAUUCUCAAGGUCAUUGCAAUUACAGCAAGGUGAACCAUAAGGUUGUAACAAUUGAUGGAUACCGAGAUGUUCCAAAGGAGGAAAGUGCCCUUCUUUGUGCUGCUGCUCAACAACCUGUUAGUGUGGCCAUUGACGGAAGCAGCCCUGAUUUUCAACUAUACCAAGGGGGAAUCUAUGAUGGAGAAUGCUCUGAUGAUCCAAAUAACGUAUCCCACGGAGUACUAAUAGUUGGAUAUGGUUCUGAUGGACAUGAUGACUAUUGGAUUAUCAAGAACUCAUGGGGUACAGAGUGGGGAAUGGAAGGGUAUGGAUAUAUAAGAAGGAACACUAAUUUGCCAUAUGGGAUUUGUGCCAUUAAUUCAUUGGCUUCAUAUCCAACGAAAGAAUCAUCACCAUCUCCUUAUCCGUCUCCAGCCAUUCCACCACCUCCCCCGCCUACUCCAAAACCAAGUGAAUGUGGAGAUUUCAGUUACUGUCCAGGAGACCAAACAUGUUGUUGUGAGUUAGAGUUCUCUGGCAUGUGCUUAGAGCAGGGCUGCUGCCCCUAUGAGAACGGUGUUUGUUGUGAUGGAUCAAACUAUUGCUGCCCAGCGGACUAUCCCAUUUGUGAUGUUUAUGCUGGUCUCUGCCUCAAGGAUCAUGGAGACAAAAUUGGAGUGGAAGCAAGGAAGAGAAAAAUGGCCAAGUACAAGUUACCAUGGAGAACUAACACUGAAGCAAUAGAGGAGAUGAGCCAAACUCUGAAAUGGAAGAGAAAUCAUGUUGCUGCAAUGCGUUGAAACCAACAUUUCUUAAUAAAAAACACUAGACUUUCGAGAAUCUUAGUAUCUCAGUUGGUUGACUCUUUGAAUUUACCACCUUAUUAGCCCAUUUCCCCUUCCCCACAUUUUUCUUUUAAAAAACAAUCCCAGUGUGUAUAAUAUGUCAAGGUUAUCUUUCGGAUCUUUGUAAUUUUAAACAUAUCGUGUUGUGUUUUAAGGCAUGUAUAAACAAUUUUUUUGUAUUUAAGUA